AUGACGACUGAUCAAGGUCCUGAUAGAAAUUGUACUGUGUGGACUAUAGAUCAGAAGCUUGAUCAACCCAUGUACGAAGAGGCUAGAAAGCUUAAAAACAUGUACACAGAAAAGAAGCUUUCAGCAGUAAUGCUUCUGCAACUUGCAUUCCAGAGCCUUGGAGUGGUAUAUGGAGAUUUAGGCACAUCUCCGUUGUAUGUUUUCUACAACACUUUCCCUGAUGGGAUUAAAGACCCAGAAGAUUUGAUUGGAGCUUUAUCUUUGAUAAUAUACUCGCUUACUCUUAUUCCGCUUCUCAAGUAUGUGCUAAUUGUUUGUAGAGCAAAUGAUAAUGGUCAAGGUAAACUGUUCUCAACCUGGAAAGUUGAUUUGCCGAAGUUAAUCUUCUAA